AUGGACGUUGCUCGCUUCGAGACGCUGCCGCACGACCUCGUCGUACGCAUCGUCGGCUGCUUGGACUCGCAUGGCCUGCGCGCGCUCUCGUCUACCUCGCGCCUCCUCCACGGCCUCAUCACGGAGCGCGAUUCGCUCUGGAAGAACGUCUUCCGCCGCCAGUGGGCGUCCGCCAACUUUGCCCUCCCGGCGCCGCUCGUGCUCUCGCCCUUCCUCGCCGCCAAGUACCCUCGACACAGCGAUGCCUACCAUUACCUCUGCCAGGCCAUGCGCAUGGUGCCAUCGACCAUGGACCUCGACUUUCUUGAUGAGUUUGACGAGGACGACCGCGACGAAUACGCCAUCACCGACCUCACGGGCCGCGAAGUCGGGGCGCCACAGCGCUUUGCCAUGACGAAAUUCCUUGAUGGCGAGUACUCGGAAGGGCGCAGCGUCCGGUCCAACGUGCCGGUUCGCUUCAAGCCGACUGUCGUCGUGCACCGUCCGACCGCCACGGGGCCGUUCGUCGUCGACGUUGUUUCGACCGUCUACUUUGAAGUCACGCUCGCCGCGACGCCGAUCGAGCCUCGGGACCCCGGCGAUGCCAACAACACGAACGGAUUCUUCUCGGUCGGCUUCAUCGCGUCGUCGUUUGCGCUGCUCGAAAACCAUGCCGGCUGGGAGCCGUGGUCGUACGGCUACCACAGCAGCGAUGGCGCAUACAUCACCGAGCCCGACGGCCCCGUGGUCGUCGGAACGUAUGGGCCCUCGGAUACGGUCGGCUGCGGCAUCCACUAUGGUCCUGGCCACGAAGCCACGCUCUUCUUGACCAAGAACGGCCAUCGCUUUGACACUGCGUUUGCCGUGUGCCCGGGCCGCGCGCUCUUUCCGUGCGUCGGUACCAACACGACGUACCCCGUGAGUGUCAACUUUGGCGCGACGCCGUUCCGCUACUCUCCCUUUGCCACCGACGUCGACGACGCCGAGCGGCAGCGCGCGAUUGGCGAGGCCCCCAUGGACUACGAAGGCUACCUCGACGAGUACGUGGCCGAGGACGAGGAAGACGACGACGACGGCGACGGCGACGACGCCGACGACGACGACGACGACUAUGACGGCUCGUACUACGAGGAUGAUGACUACUAUGACGCGGACGCGGACGCAUAUGACGAUGACGCGGACGAAGAGAUGUACGACGACGACGACGAGUACUAUGAGGACGAGGACCUCAUGGAGCAGUACCGCGGCUACUUUUUCGGACGUGGCGGCGACGACGACGACGACGACGGAGACGACGAGCACGAGCGCAUGGCCGCGCUCUUGCGGGCGCACCCGGACGUCCAGCGGUUUCUGCACCAUCUCUACAGCCACACGACGCACGAUGUCAUGGUGGCCGCGGCGAACGGCGACCCGCGCGAGCUCGUCCAGGCCAUGCUGUCGAUGGCCAACGACGUCUUGCCGCCCGCACCGGCAGUCGCUCGGAGCGAAGCAGUUGCGCAGCGCGUGGCGACACCACCCGCGCAGCGCGUGUCGACGCCAUCCGUGGACCCGGACAUGGCGACGCUCGAGGAGGCGAUGCAAGACUUGCUGGCCGAGACGGUAUUGGCGCCAGCGUCGUCGAGCUCCGCGUACGACUCGGACGAGGAGCUGCGAAGGAAGUACCACGUGUCGGACGAUCCGCUGGACGAAGUGGAUUAGCUCGUCGUUGUCGGAGUUGCGACAAUGUGUCAUUUUGCAUGGAAGAAAAGGG